AGAUGGUACAUUUUAAUCUGCAAUAAAAUGUGUUUCCAAAAUAAUAUUCCAAAACAUGUCAGAUCAACAUGGAGAUUCAUGAAUCGUAGUGGCAAUGGUGGCAAGUGGCCAAGUGUUGUGUAGUGCAGGUGUAGCAUCAUGCAUCUGUGCAGGUACAAUGUGCUUUCGUGCACUGUCCUACACCUUGGCUUCGAGGCGUGCAGUGCAGACUUGCAGUUGGUUAAUUGCUGCCUUGCUGGCAUGUGCUUUAGUGCGUGAUGGAGGAGGCUAGAGACUGAAGGCGAGAAGAUGAGACAUACUAUAGAAGGGUGGAGCCAUGGAGGGCCGGAGGCGAGAUGUGCAUGUGGAUUGCGCGAGCGGCCAGCUGAAAGGGUUGACGAGCAUGUACAUGCAGACAACCAAACACAUAUUCUUUUAACAUGGCGAGAGAAAACAAGCAACUAAACAUAUACUAUUUGCACGUAUUCGACAUGGAUACUGGGAGCUUGGCUGCUUGGAAGGAUUGAGGGUAGGUCGAAAAGACAACCAAUCAUGUCUAAAGAAAAUUGGAGUAAGGAGGAAGAAGUGGACAGAGUCAAUAUAACUAUUACUCUUUCUCUCCUAGAACAAGAAAAAAUGUUUUAAUGGCUGCUAUAUCUAGCGGUAAAGAAAUGAUUUAUAAUGGUAUUUGGUCUAUUAUCAAUUUAGUGGAGUGUAAGAGCAAAUGCCACGUAUGACGAUGUUCCGGAGUAAAAUUUAUGUAUUUAAUAUAAGUUUUAUAAUUAAAUUAUAAAAACUUACAAACAACUCUUAGAUUUACUUUUCAAUAAAGCCCAGUUUGUUUCGUUGAAUUGAAUUUGAUUAUAAUAAUUAUAAUUUAGUCAAAAUAAUUAAGUUAACACAUAUAUAUAUAAUAUAUUUACAUAUUAUCUUAAAUUAUAUGAGAAAGAUAAUUAUAUACUACAUUUAUUUUAUAGAGAAACAAGUAGAAGAGUAUGUUAUAAGUUGUAUAUUAAAAAAGUAGCAUAUAAAUCUAUAAAAUCAAUUUUCAUUUUUUUGCUCCAUGAAUUUGAAAUAUACUUAGAUAUAAACUUUGAAGGUUUAUGAAAUGUCACAUUCUAAAAAAUAACCUAUUCUAUUAGUUAGAUUAUAAUUUCUCGAAAUGAUCGCAAACAAACCGUGUCUAAGUUGUUUCGUCAAAACAUGAAACACGUACUUGGUAAAAAACCGCAAGUCGUUACCUGCUGUCUGGGGCAUGCUUCGCGAGCAAUGGCAUGAGGCGCAGCAAAACGCAAACCAGACCGGAGUACCGGAUUUGGACGGGCGGAGGUUGGAGAAAAGUUAGCCGCCGGUAGCGAGUACCCCACCAGUCAGUGAAACAUAUGAGCGGCUAUGGGUACCUGACGCCACGUCCCCGCAACUUCACACCGAACAGCAGAGGAAGAAGAGAGCAAAGAGAGAAGAAGAGGAAGACGCGGCGCGCUCCCCUUUCCAGUCCCCAUCCCCGGCUGGUAUCGCCGGGAGUAAGACGGGACCGUCGGGACGAAGCCACCGGCGCGACAUGGAGGCCAAGCCGUCUUCAGCGGCACAUGGUGACGCGCCCGCGGUCGAGGCCCCCCGCCGCCGUGGCAGCGGCGGUAAGCGCAAGUCGGCCGGGUCCUCGUUCACGCCGUCGAAGCGGCAGGCCAAGGAGCGGAACGCUGCCUUCCACGUGCCCCAGCAUCUUCUUCACAGCGGGCCGCUCACCCGCGCCGCGCGCCACUCGCCGCACAAGCUCGCGGGCACUCCGCCGGAGUCGGGGCCAGCGUCAUCGUCGGCCGCAACUGGAGACGGGGUGAGCGGUGGGCAGGCGGAGGUUGAUGCGAUCCGGCCCGAGACGGAGGAGACGCCGGCCCCAGAGCUGCCGCUGGUGGACGAGAUGUUGGAGGCGGUCCGAUCCCGUGGCCCUGGCGUCCAUGUGGUCCCUACCUUUGCUGGAUGGUUUUCAUGGAAAGAAAUCCACUCGGUUGAGAAGCAGAUCUUGCCUUCUUUUUUUAAUGGAAAAUCUGUGAAGCGGACACCUGAGGUGUAUUUGGCGAUUAGAAAUUCAAUCAUGAUGAAAUUUCAUGCCAAUCCUCAAUUGCAGCUGGAGUCCAAAGAUCUGGCUGAGUUGUCAAUCGGAGAGAGCGAUGCUCGACAGGAAGUCUUGGAAUUCUUGGACCAUUGGGGCUUGAUAAAUUUCCACCCUUUCCCACCAGCUGGACAUGAAGAGAGUAAGCCAGAGGAGAGCCAAGACAACUCUAAUGAUGAGAAAGCUUCUUUGAUCGAGCAGCUGUUUAAAUUUGAAUCAGUUCAAUCAUAUAUGACACCUUUACUGAACAAAGAAGAUGUGGGAGCUCCACCCCCUCUGCCUAGCUUGUUUCCUGAACCUGUACUCAUUGAAAAUAUGGUUGCAGCAGCUGAGCCUUCUGUUGAGUACCACUGCAACUCCUGUUCAGUUGAUUGCUCACGGAAGCGCUACCAUUGUCGAACCCAGGCAGAUUUUGACCUCUGUUGUGUUUGCUAUAAUGAAGGGAAGUUCGAUCCAGGCAUGGCCAAAACUGAUUUCAUCCUCAUGGAUUCUGCAGAAGUUUCAGGUGCUAGUGGUACUAGUUGGACUGAUGAAGAGACAUUACUUCUUUUAGAAGGUUUGGAAAUUUUUGGUGGAAAAUGGGCUGAGAUUGCUGAACAUGUUGCUACUAAGACAAAAGCACAAUGCAUGUUGCACUUUCUUCAAAUGCAAAUCGAAGACCGCUUCCAUGAUGGUGACGAUAUUAAUCAAAACAUCCCAGUAAGUACAGAGCAAGCCACAACUGAGAAAGCCAUUGUUGAAACACCUGAGAAAAUGGAAGUUGGAGAUAAAGUGGAAGGAAGAGAUAAUGCGGAUGAGAAGGCCUCGGAGAAAACAGAGGGAAGCUGUGAAGAAACAAAAACUGAAGAUGCAAAUGUUGUAAAUAAAGAUACUCAGAAAUCAGGUGGCAAAGAUUCAGGUGCAUCUCCAAGCACUGAAGAGGCAAAGCAAUCUUCUGAUGAUCAACCUAUAGUAAAGGAAAAUUCUGUAGAUGUAGAUACUUCUGGUGAAAAACUAUCAAAUGUUGCUAUUGAUAUCCUAAAAUGUGCAUUUGAGGCUGCUGGUCACAGCCCAGAAUAUGAAGGUUCAUUUGCUGAUGCAGGAAAUCCAGUUAUAGCACUAGCAGCGUAUUUAGCUGGUCUUGUGGAAGAUGGUAACGCUACCACUUCAUUCCGUAGUUCACUAAAAUCUAUAUCUGAGGUGCCUCCUGCACUCCAAUUAGCAAGUAGGCACUGUUUUAUUCUUGAGGAUCCACCAAAUGAACUCAAAGACAUUUGUGUUAGUGUAAGCAGUAAGAAAAAUACAGAUGCUGAUCAAACAAAAGAUGAGGAUAUGAUUUCAAAUUCAAUCGCCAAUGAGAAAAAAGAGAUCAAUGAGAAAGAAGAUAAGUCUUUAUCUGUGGAAAAGACAAAUAAUUCAUCCAUGUCACAAAAUGACCAUCAAGAAUCAAACAUUAAGAGUGUCUCACGUGAUGAUUGCUCCUCAGUGGAGCCAAAAGGCAAUAAUGCUAAGGAGUCAAGUGAUUCAACUGGUAUUGGGGAUAUGAGUGCAAUCGGCACUACAAAAGAUGUUGUUGCAGGCAAUUCUAAACAAGUGAACGACUCACCUAGUGUUGAGGUGGAGGCUCCUGAUGACUCUUCUUUAAAAAGCAAGGAUGAGCUCAAUGAUACUGAAGAUGCAGUGGCGACACCAGCUACCGUACAGGAACAGAAACACAGCCAAACAUUGGAAAAUGGUGAUAAGGCAGAACCUAACAAUAUUGAACGUGUAGUUGUCCAUGAGAAGGGCUCUAUAGUGACUGCCAACCAAAAUGAUUCCAUAACUAGGCUCAAACGAGCAGCAGCCACUGCUGUUUCAGCAGCUGCUGUCAAAGCUAAGUUUCUCGGUGAUCAGGAGGAAUAUCAUAUUCGAAGGCUGACAGCACUUAUGAUUGAAAAGCUGUUCCAGAAAUUAGAAGUGAAGAUGUCGUUGUUUUCAGAGAUUGAGCAGGUGGUCCUUCGAACAAGAGAGUACACCGAGAAGACCAGAAAAAAACUCCUAAUGGAACGAAAUGCGAUUAUUGCAGCUCGUAUGGGUGCAUUGCCGUCUAGGCCAAACCAGCCUGGUGUAGCCGGCAACAGGUUACCACCUGGAUAUGGCAACCCUCCUUUGAGGUCUCCAAACGCAAUGCCGCGGCCUUCCAGCUGAGGAAAAUCCGGAUUCCGGACACCCAGUGGUCUAUACUCCAUUCAUUUAGAAGCAUACGGACCUCAAAAACCUCAAACCUGCCAGUUUGUUGUAGCAUUUUUUAGAAAGUACAUUGUACAAUUGCCUGUAUAACUGCUUAUAUGAAAAUUCACCAUUUUCACUUAA